AAAGGGGCCAAAAAAAAAAAAAAAAAUUCGAUUCCUGAUAUUUUCUGCUUCGCUUUGCUUUUUCUCUUCACAAUAAUAUUCGUUUUCCUCUCCUCGUUCUCGUCGCUGUUUCUUUCCGAUCUUCGCUUCAGAACAAAGCUAAUAUUUUCUGGAUUCAAAAUCUCUCUUCCUCAUUAGAUGUUAUCUUCUUGAUUUUUUGCAAAAAUCAAAACUUUAAAGAGCUAUGGAAGAGGAGAAUGUUACUAGUUCACCUUCAACACCGGUACAUAGGCUUAGACAUCGAAGACGUUCUAAUGAGGUUGUUAUGGAUGGGGAUAGAGUGAAUGCAAGUCCUUUGUUGGUUAAUGAUCGAAAUAAGUACAAAUCUUUCAUGGUCCGGACUUACUCGACUUUAUGGAUGAUUGGUGGUUUUGUUUUGGUUGUCUACAUGGGUCAUCUCUAUAUCACAGCUAUGGUUGUUGUUAUUCAAAUUUUUAUGGCUAAAGAGUUGUUUAAUCUGCUGAGGAAAGCACCUGAGGAUAAAUGUCUCCCCUGGAUUAAACAGCUUAAUUGGCACUUCUUUUUCACUGCCAUGCUUUUCGUAUAUGGCCGGAUCCUUAGUCAACGGUUAGCUAAUACCAUGACUGCAGAUCAGUUCUUUUAUCGGCUAGUCACCGGCCUUAUCAAAUACCAUAUGGCUAUCUGUUACUUGUUGUAUAUUAUAGGUUUCAUGUGGUUCAUUCUCACACUAAAAAAGAAGAUGUACAAGUACCAGUUUGGCCAGUAUGCAUGGACCCACAUGAUUUUGAUAGUCGUGUUUACUCAGUCGUCGUUCACUGUUGCCAACAUAUUUGAAGGGAUUUUCUGGUUUCUUCUUCCAGCAUCGUUAAUUAUAAUCAACGACAUCUUCGCUUACAUUUUCGGUUUCUUCUUUGGAAGAACGCCCUUAAUAAAGCUGUCUCCAAAAAAGACGUGGGAGGGAUUCAUCGGAGCUUCUGUGACAACUAUCAUCUCUGCAUUUGUUCUCGCAAAUAUUUUGGGUCGUUACCCUUGGUUGACAUGCCCACGACAGGAUUUGUCCACUGGCUGGCUACAGUGUGACGCUGAUCCAUUGUUCAAACCUGAACCUUUUGCUUUACCUGCAUGGAUCCCAGAAUGGUUUCCUUGGAAGGAAAUGACGGUCCUCCCUGUUCAGUGGCAUGCAUUAUGCCUCGGUUUGUUCGCUUCAAUCAUAGCACCUUUUGGAGGGUUUUUCGCUAGCGGGUUUAAAAGAGCAUUCAAAAUCAAGGACUUUGGUGAUAGUAUUCCAGGACAUGGUGGAAUCACAGAUAGAAUGGACUGCCAGAUGGUUAUGGCAGUAUUUGCCUACAUAUAUCUUCAGUCAUUUAUAGUCUCCCAAAGCGUUUCGGUUGACAAAAUUCUUGACCAGAUAUUGACGAACCUUACCUUCGAAGAACAACAAGCGCUGUUCGUCAAAUUAGGACAAAUGCUGAAGGACAAGCUCUCAUAGUUUCCACUCCCCCCCAAAAGUUCUUUUGUUCAGAUUCUGAUUCUCCCAAGAACAGGUUUCUCUGGAAUAUCCUUUUAUCUUUGUCCUUUACUAGAGACAAUAAAUUUAAAAUUGGAUACGAUUUGUUUUCUGCCAUUGUAAAUUCUCUCGAAAUUUGUCGAAAAUUAGAAGUUUUUUUUUCAAGUCUUCUCAUUUGAUACAAUAGGUUUGAAGGAAGUUGUAUCUACCUACUAUCUCUACUUAUUUAGUGGCUUUGGUGGUUUAGUUGUAUUUUGUAUAUUGGUUAAAAAUUGAAACGAUAUUUGGUUUGUUUGUCUCAUGA